GCACUUCCUUUGGCUAAGAUCUCCCUCUCCUGGAGAGGCGGGACUUCCUGUAGUGAGGCAUUCAAGCCAAUACUGACAGGAAGUUCCUUACUUGAAUGGGUGGCCCUUCCUGGCAAGGCAACCCAUCUUGAUAGGCAGGUCUCCCCCCCAUGAAAGGGGUGGACUUCCUGUGAAGAGGACUCCUUCCCUGGGGAUGGCAGAACUUCCUGGCCUGGCAGGAAGUCCUUCCUCUAGUGGGGAGGGUCUUCCUGGGGACAUGGAUAACAGCUUUACUACCACUGGGUUCAUCUUCCUCUAUGCCGUACAGGGCUGGGGGGGCAUCUACAGUAGAUAAUUGCCCCCGACAGCCUGGGUGGGGGUGGGGGCUGGGGCAGGAGCAAGUGUUUCCACCCUGUCCUGCCCCCUCCAGGUUUAUCUAUGAGACAGAGCACUUUAACGGCGUGGCCGAGCUGCUGGAGAUCCUGGGCAGCAUCAUCAAUGGCUUCGCACUGCCCCUGAAAGCCGAGCACAAGCAGUUCCUGGUUCGGGUCCUGAUUCCCCUGCACUCCGUCAAGGCACUGUCAGUCUUCCACGCCCAGCUGGCCUACUGUGUGGUGCAGUUCUUGGAGAAAGAUGCCACCCUCACGGAGCAUGUGAUUCGGGGGCUGCUGAAAUACUGGCCGAAGACCUGCACCCAGAAAAGAGGUUUGGGGAGGGGGCUGAGGGAGGUGAUGUUUCUGGGGGAGAUCGAGGAGAUCCUGGAUGUCAUUGAGCCCUCGCAGUUCGUCAAGGGUGCAGGCAGCCGCUCUUCAAGCAGGUUGCCCCAAUGCAUCGCCAGCCCCCACUUCCAGGUGGCAGAGCGGGCCCUGUACUUCUGGAACAACGAGUACAUCCUGAGCCUCAUUGAGGACAACUGCCAGGCCGUACUGCCCGCCAUCUUUGGCACCCUCUACCGUGUCUCCAAGGAGCACUGGAACCAGACCAUCGUGUCUCUGGUCUACAACGUGCUCAAGACCUUCAUGGAGAUGAAUGGGAAACUCUUCGAUGAGCUUACGGCCUCCUACAAGCUGGAGAAGCAGCAGGAGCUGAAGAAGGAGAAGGAGCGCCAAGAGCUGUGGCGGCAGCUGGACGAGCUGCGUCUCCGGCGGCUGCGGGGCCUGGAGGAGGCACAAAUGAACCGGCUCAACCUCCAGCACGGCCACAGCCCCAAGACCAUAGACCCCCAGCCCCCCUAUUCCCCCAGGGGCACUUAUUGCCCCCCCAGAAGGGGCUGCAAGGGGGAAGGGGAAAUGCUUGAUGAUGGGGGGGCAGGGCCCUCCUUCUUUUUGCAUCUCAGCUGCCCUCCCCCCAUCCAGUUCCCCCCCACCACGUUGCACUGCACUGUGCCCCCACCAGGGGGCACUAUCCCUAUUGCCCCCCCCAUAAUGCUUUUUCCCCACCAGGGGGGGCAGGGGAGGGGGGGGGUGGCUGCUCAGCUGGGGUCCCUAGUGGGGGUUUGUGGGCCACCAGAAUGGUGAGUGCUAUGGGGGGUACUGUUUCUGCCCCCCCACUGCACCCUAAAAUAUAGCUCCUGCCCCUUUAAAUAUCUGCUCACUUACUUUGCUGUUGAAUGAUUUAUUCCACCCCUCUAUAGAUGGUAGAUUCCACUCUCCCUUGUGCCCUCCCCCCCAUGGACAAGUCCAAAAGGACCCUCCUCCUCCUCCAUGGCACAGUCCAAUGGAAUGUGCUUCUUCUGUGACUGAGCAGGCUCUACCAUCUUUGGGAAGAAGGGGGGAGGUGCAGGUAGAUUCUACCACUAAAGUUGGCUGGGUUAGACGGUACUGUUCUCAAGGGGGGGGGGGGUAUUUGCAUAGCUGGACCUAAAAAGGAGGGUUGAACUACUUGAAAAGCAAGGGAGGGGGGGGGUUAAAUGGGUUGUACCACUUCAGAUGGGAAGGAAGGGGAGAUAAAUCAGUUCAGGGAUGGGGGUAAAGUUACCCUGAAUAUACCAAGUGUGGGCAGUUAACUAGACUGUACCAAGUGUGUGUAUGGGGGGGAGACUAUUGGACUUUACCAUUUCCUUCUGGGAAAGGGGAUCAUACCAUUCAGAAAGGGGAUGCAGCUGUUUAACUUACCCCCCUAGGGGGUGGGGAAGGAAUAACCUGAAUGGAUUAUACCACCUGUGCCCAGAAGGGGUGCUGCUUGGACUGUACCAUUCCAAGAGUGGGCUGUACCAUUUCUUGGGCGGGGGGGGUCUUGAAACACCCUUUCCCUGCUGCUGUUUCACAUGAUCCAAGGUCUUAAUUUGGGGGGUGGGUCCCUGGGGGCCUUAGGCCUGAUACCCUCCCCCCUACCUCCCUCCUCCUAAAUCACUACGGCUUCUUUUUUCUUUUUUUCAGAGGUGUAUUUUUCUUCAAGAGAAAAAAAAUGCCGCCUCCUUUAAUUGGUGGGGGAAGUGGGAUCCUCAUUUAGUGGUAGCCACACCACAUCCCUUGCCGGUCACCGUAGUAACAAGGGUGCACCAGAGUUGUCGUAGAUACUGGGCCGGCAUAGUUACUGUGAGAUGCAGUGGGGGAGGGGGGGCUUUUUUGGGGGAAGAGUUGAAAAUAAUAAAUAUAUAAAUAUUAUAUAUAUUUAAGGCGAGUUGGGUUCUGCGUCCCUGUCUUCCCCCGCACUUGAUUUAUUUUUUUUUUUUAUUUUUUUUUUCUUGGUUGCUGUAUUCAAUAAAGAGAUACUUUCAUGUCA